AUGGCAGCCCACGACAGAGACCCAUGUCCUUACGUCAUCCUCAACGAUUUCGGAGGUGCAUUCGCCAUGGGUGUGGUAGGUGGCACAAUCUGGCACGGCAUCAAAGGAGCCAAGAACGCACCACGAGGGUUCCGCAUGCCUUCCUCCAUUGCAGCCAUCAAGGCAAGAGCGCCGGUACUGGGAGGCAACUUCGGUGUGUGGGGUGGCAUGUUCUCGAGCUACGAUUGUGCGAUCAAGGGGAUCAGGCAGAAGGAAGAUAGUUGGAACGCUAUCAUGGCUGGGUUUAUGACUGGUGGGAGCUUGGCAAUUCGAUCUGGGCCAAAGACAGCGGUAGGCUCAGGUAUCAUGUGCGGUAUCCUCCUGGGAUGCUUCGAGGGAGUGGGCGCAUUGGUGCAAAGAUUCAUGGCAGAGGGCAACAAGCAGGUGGCGCCGAUGAUCCCAGAGGCAGGAGCUGCCCCAGGAGGAGCGCCGGCGUUGCCGCAGACUGCGUCAUCGGCGUAG